AUGUCUCAGGAACGUUCUUUUAAUGAGGUAAAAGGUGUUGAUGGGACCAUCAACGGGGAGGAGAAUGGUACUCAUAAAUCCUGCUCUUCACCCACCUCUGAAAACUGCGAAGAACAUAGGCCUGAGAAUAGCUACUCGGGGAGUCCGCGCUCAAACAAAAAGAUAUUUGUUGGAGCUUUGGCCCAAAAUACGACUGAGCAAGAUCUAAUUGAUUAUUUUUCUAAAUUUGGGGAGAUUGUGUCCUGUGCUGUGAAGGUAUUUCGAGAUACUGGAUGCUCUCGUGGCUUCGGUUUCAUCGUUUUCAAGAACGAUGAGUCCGUAAAAAAGGUCUUGAGCAUUCCGGAACACAUAGUUAAUGGGAAGAAAAUCGAUCCCAAACCGGCGAAGUGUCCGAAGGAUACCCAGCGGAAAGUUUUCGUCGGCGGUCUGGAUCCCGACGUCACCCCCAAGGAAAUUGAGGAGCAUUUCAGUAAAUUUGGCAAGGUUGAGGCAGUCGAAACACCGUUCGAUAACACUCGAAUGCGGCGUAGGAGUUAUGUUUUUGUUGUGUUCUCCUCUGAGUCCGAAGCUAAGAGGGCUGCUUCUGUCGAGAGGCAGGAGAUUAAUGGAAAAAGUCCUCUCUUUCGAUUUCAAGUGUGA